GCUGUCAGUCACUACGGGCGCUCGCCCGGGAGAGGUUGGUGGAGGCGCGGACGGCUCCCCGGCCGUGUCGCGCUUCUUGCUGUAGUCGAGGCGCCAUGAACGACACAGAGUUGAUCGAGUACUUUAAUUCCCAAAUGAAAGAAGAUCCUGAUGUGGCUUCUGCUGUGGCUGCCAUCCGCACCUUGCUUGAGUUCUUAAAGAGAGACAAAGGAGAGACAAUUCAGGGUUUGAGAGCAAACCUCAAAAAUGCCAUUAAAAUCCUGUGCAGCGUAGAUUCUUCUGUGGCCGUCUCCUCGGGUGGAGAGCUCUUCCUUCGAUUCAUCAGUCUUACAUCGCUGGAGUACUCUGAUUAUUUAAAAUGUAAAAAGAUCAUGAUUGAGCGAGGAGAGCUCUUUCUCAGGAGAAUCUCACUGUCCAGAAGUAAAAUUGCAGACCUAUGCCAUACUUUCAUCAAAGACGGAGCUCGGAUAUUAACUCAUGCCUACUCGCGAGUGGUGCUCAGAGUUCUGGAGAAAGCAGCCGCCGCCAAGAAACGCUUCAGCGUGUACAUCACCGAGUCCCAGCCUGACUUAUCUGGGAAAAAAAUGGCAAAAGCUCUCAGCAGUUUAAAUGUGCCAGUCACUGUGAUUUUAGAUGCUGCUGUUGGCUACAUCAUGGAGAAAGUGGAUCUCGUGAUAGUUGGCGCAGAAGGAGUUGUUGAAAAUGGCGGCAUUAUUAACAAGAUCGGUACCAACCAGGUAGCCGUGUGUGCCAAGGCACAGAACAAGCCCUUCUAUGUUGUAGCAGAAAGUUUCAAGUUUGUCCGACUGUUUCCUCUAAAUCAGCAAGAUGUGCCGGAUAAAUUUAAGUACAAAGCAGCCACACUAAAGUCUGUUGGAACUGGACAAGAUCUCAAAGAAGAACAUCCCUGGAUUGACUACACCCCGCCUUCCUUAAUCACAUUAUUAUUCACAGACCUUGGGGUGCUGACACCCUCAGCCGUCAGCGAUGAACUCAUCAAGCUUUACCUCUAGCUCCCAGUCCUCUUUGACCAUCAAGUUUACCAAAAGCACAGGAUGGUGACCCAAGAAAAGUGGAGUAAAUAAAACUUCCAAGCAUUACGGACUAUUUCAAUCCAACAAGCAUCAUGUGUGCUGAAUGCUUUUCUGUAUAAGACAUGUAGCGUGCAAAGUUAUCCCUUCCAUGUCACAACUUUCCCCAUCAAGGUCAGCAUAAAAAAGGGGGGAGGAGUUUUGCAGAAGCUACAAAUGUCAGCAGAUGACAUAAAAAUACAUAACCCAAAUUUUGCAAUAAGAUACUGUAAACACCCUAUAAAAGAAAAGAAGAAAAAAAAAAACUUCAGAAUUCUGGGGUACCGAGGAAGGGCCAAAAGUUCACUUUCCAGAUUGCUGGAAAAUGGGCCACCACACCCCAACCUCUUCAGUGUGGAAGGGAUAGCUGUAUGAUGAUGAUGAUGAUUCUGAAGACAUGAGAUCUUGUCUAAACUAAGGUCAUUAUUAUAAACUUCAUUUUUAAAAAUAUUUAAAUGAAGAAAUUCAGGGCUGAAUCUAUACUGUCUCCAUAUCCUGGAAAUACAUUUUUAAUAAAAGUUUAUAACUAUGCAUAGGCAAA